CAGUGCGGACGCGCUGGAUGUCCGGACACUUGCUGCGCUCCUCUGCGCGAUCCGGAGGCAGAAGGAGAGUCACUGGGACGCACAUGGCUCGAUGACAUGAUGUCCUUCCCUUUACCCCCUCCCCCCUCCACCUCUCUCUCUCCUGCCGUCCUUCUACUCUUGCUGCUCCUCCCUCCCUCCCUGCUCGCCUCCCUCCUCUCCCACACCCCACUGAGCUGGACGUCGCCCCAUGACCCCUGUUACCACCCAGAUGGCCGCCCGCGACACUGCCUGUCGGAGUUCAUCAACGCCGCCUACGGCGUGGCGGUCAACGCCAGCCACUCGACGCAAGGGCCGGACAGCGACGGAAACGUCACCACCUUGACGGACCUCCACAACCCUCACAACCUCACCUGCUGGAUGGCCCCCAGGGGCCCCGACGCCGGGGACUGGGUCCUCACCGUGCCGCUGGGACGCCGCUUCGAGAUCACCUACAUAAGUCUGCAGUUCUGUCACCAAGGCGAGCCGUCCGACCCCAUCUCCAUCUCCGUCCUCAAGUCCAUGGACUCUGGACGCACCUGGAGGCCGAUGCAGCGCUACUCCAGCGACUGUCCGGGGAACUUCGGGCAGCCCUCGCAGACCGUGGCCCAAACGAGGCACCAGGAGACCGAGCCCCUCUGCUCGGACCCCCGACCCCUGCAGAGGCAGCGGGGCGGGAUGGUGCUGGCGUUCUCCACCCUGGACGGGCGGCCGUCCUCCCCCGACUUCGACUACAGCCCCACGCUGCAGGACUGGGUGACGGCCACAGACGUCCGGGUGGUUUUCCACCACGUGUCCAGAAACGCAAAGACGGACGGCUCGGAUACAGCAGAGGACGCUCAGCGGCAGGACAACGCGAGAGGUGGAGGAGCGAGGUGGAGGCUGGGCAAAUUGAGCACAGAAAACACACUGUCAUUUUUUGAAAGGGAAUUGAAAAACAAAGGGGAGAAGGCAGACAAGCAGGGUAGGAAGGGGCAUUAUAAAGGGUCGGGUCAGGACGAAGACGGACACAAUGUGACCAGCAAGGAAGGCGGGGACACCUUCGGCGUGGACACGGUCGUCUCGCCUAAGAAAGGCGGGAAGGGUAAAGGACGUGGUCGCAAGAGGGAGAACAGUCCGUCGUUGCCUUGCCCCAGCGGUGGUUGUAGCUGGACAGUCGAAGGACGCAGCAGGAGCAACGGGGGGCGGGAGCUGAGGAAGAGGAGAAACAACAACGCCAACCCGAGGCAGGGCGUGAGGAACCUGCAGGCGGCUCCACCGCCCGCCCCGCUCCGGCCUCCUCUGGCUCUGUCGGACCUACAAGUCGGAGGCAGGUGCAAAUGCAACGGCCACGCCUCCAGGUGUCGCCGUGACGACUCGGGCCGCGCCGUGUGCGUGUGCGAGCACAACACGGCGGGGCCGGACUGCGACGUGUGCGAGGACUUCUACUUCGACAGGCCGUGGCAUCGAGCGACGCCCACGAACCCAAACCCGUGUAUCGCGUGUGAGUGUAACGGCCACUCCAACAAGUGCCGCUUCAGCAUGGAGGUGUUUCAGCAGUCGGGCCGGCGCAGCGGCGGCGUGUGCCAGAAGUGCCGCCACCACACGGCCGGACGCCACUGCCAGUACUGCCAGAACGGAUACACCCGCGACCAAACCAAGCCGCUCAGCCACCGCAAGGCCUGCCAGCCAUGUCAGUGCCAUCCUCUGGGAGCGGUGGGCCGCUGGUGCAACCAGACGUCGGGCCAGUGUCUGUGUCGGGAGGGAGUGACCGGCCUGCGCUGCAACCGCUGCGCUCCGGGCUACAAGCAGGGGAAGUCCCCGCUCCGGCCCUGCAUACGAAUCCAGGAGGUCGCUCCGACCCCCAUGUUCCAGCCUCAGUAUAGCAUAGCGGAGGAGUGUGUGUCGUACUGCCAGCCCUCUCAGGUUAAAGUCCGGAUGAACUUGGAGACCUAUUGUCUCAAGGAUUACGUGCUGAAGCUGCAGGUCCGGGGGAUGGAGCGCUCCGGGCCCUGGUGGCAGUUCUCCGUCUCCGUCCAGACGGUGUACCGCGCCGGCUCUUCCUCGCACGUCCGCCGGGGCCCGCAGUCCCUGUGGGUCCCGGACCGGGACCUGGGCUGCGGCUGCCCCGCCCUGCACGUGGGCCGGACCUUCCUCCUGAUCGGGGCGGAGGAGGGGGAGCGGGGCUGGGGCCCGGAGGAGAGCCGCCUGGUGGCGGACCGCUCCACCCUGGCCCUCCAGUGGCGGGAACACUGGAGCCCCAAACUGAGGGGCUUCCGGGGGCAGGACAAGCGGGGCCGCUGCCCCCCGAGGUCCCAGCGGAGGGACCCGGCCAGGCCCCAGGCCGGAUACGUCCCGCCCCACCUGCUGGCGGAGAGGGACCCCCGGCCCCCGACCCCCGACACGCCGGAGGCUCAGACCUCGGAGGCGCCGCACACACUCGCCCUCUCGACCGAGGCCCCCCGGCCCCCCCCCCUCCAGCACGGCCCCGGUCUGCUCCACACACACUCCCCAGUGAAACCCUCCACCGCUCAGAGACAUCCAGGACAUACUGAGACUGCAAGACGCUUCAGGACGAAGCGAACACGGCGCCUUUUGUGAAUGUUUCAGGAGAAAUGAACGGACACACAGAGUGUGUGUGUGUGUGUCUGUGUGUGUGUGUGUGUGUGCACUCUUCAAGGUUUGAGCGACUUCGGCAAACAGAGGAAGAGAAAUGAACUCAUGAAGAAAAUAUUUUCACCUGCAGACAUGGUGCUAUGUGAAAUAGAAAUAUCAGAAUUUUAUCGUUUUCUAUUAAAGAAGAUUUUGAAAAUUAAAAACGGACUCAUCUCAUUCACAGCUCCUCCUCAGAAGACUUAUUUUAUUCAAAUAGAAACUCCAUUUCACAUAUUCUCCAUAAUCUUUUGCUAUAAUUAGAAAAAAACAGCUGUUAAACAACUUGAAGUAAAUUAUAUAUGUAUAAAAGCUUUAAUAUGUGUUUUUACUUUACAAUGCCAGG